GCUUCUUUCGCCAUGGCGACCACGCCCUUCUUCCUCUGGGCCACGCAGUCCUCCUCCUCGGCUUCCGCCGCCGCCGCCUCCGGCCAGAACAUCGGGGGCCUCGGCGCCUCGGAGGAGGCAGCGGCGACGGGGGCAGCGAAGCUCUCACCGGAGCUCGCGUCGGCGGCCGUGGCGAGGCCGAGGCUCCGCCGGCAGGCUUCCGCUCCGGCGAAGCAGCAGCAGCAGCAGCAGCAGCAGGGGGGAGGGAGCAAGAAGACGCCGCAGCGCGGUCUCGGUGUGGCGGAGCUCGAGCGCCUCCGCUGCGGCGGGGACCCGCUGCGCGACCUCAACGCUGCCGUGGCAGUGGCCGCCAUGGGGGACGCCGCCGCCGCCGCCGCCAACGUCCAUGGCCACACCGUCGUACACCACCACCUGCAGGUCUCCGCCUUCGACGCCGACGCCUGCGGGCGCCACCACGCGCCGCUGCUGGUCCGCCCGGCUCCUCCCGCUCCGCCGCCUCCGGCUCCCUUCUGCUACGUCCACUCGCCCUCGGCCGGCGGCCAGAACGCGGUGCCUCCGGAGCAGCAGUUCAUGAGGGAUCGUUGGGGCUGCAUGGGGGGACUCGCCGGCGCCGGCCACCAGCCCCAGCUGCUGUCGCUGGCGCCAGAGCACCCUUCAAGCCAAAGCAACACCAUCUGGCGUCCGGCGUCCUCCUCCUCCUCCUCCUGCCUCCCCACCGGUCACCGCUGCGACCUCUGCUCCAAGACAAUGGUGAGGGCGCUGGCAGAGAGAGGAGCACGCGGCGCUGCCGUCCCUUGCCCCGCCGCCGCCGCCACUGCGCAGGACUACUCCAUCUACGAUCUCGCCGCCGCCAUGGCCACCGCUCGCAAGGAGAAGGGUCAGGUGUUGUUCUUGGGUCGGGAGAGGAAGAGCGACGAGGCGGCGGAGAAGGAGGUGAGGGAGAUCGAGUUCUUCCCGGCGAGCACCAACCACCCCGACGAGUCGGAGUUCGCCGCGGCGGCGGGCCUGACGCCACUCCCCUCGUCGGCCGGUGGUGGCUGCGGCGCGCCAUUGGACCUGUCACUGAGGCUUUAGAGAUCCGGCCAGUUCGUCGAUCACCCUUAGGGUUUAAUUAGCUUCUUCUCUUGUUCGAUCAAAUGGGGAGAUGCUUAAUUUUUCGGUGCCAAGAUCGAUCUAUGGGAAACAUUAUGCUGCCUCUCGAUCCAUGUUUCAAUCAACCUCGGUUAAUUUCCAUUUCUGUCAAGAGUUGUUAUCACUCUAUUGUACAAGUAAUUUUGGUCAACCUUAAUUAUCUGAAAACAAU